UUGAGACAUAUUCUCCGUGAUUUUUCUUCUAUUCUUCGUCGUCAAUCAUGGCAUCGCACCUGCUGAGACGCACCCUCGGAAGCCGCUCGGGUCAGAUCUUCUCCCUUUCCUCCAACCUUACCUCUGCCUCUCCCCUCCCCUUUCGGGCUUUCUCUUCUGCUGCUUCUCCGAUCCGAGCCACUCUCUUCCCAGGCGAUGGUAUUGGUCCCGAAAUUGCGGAUUCCGUCAAACAGGUAUUCACAACUGCUGAAGUGCCAAUUGAAUGGGAAGAACACUACGUCGGGGACCAAAUAGAUCCCCGAACGCAAAGUUUUCUUACAUGGGAAAGCUUGGAAUCAGUGAGGCGUAAUGGUGUGGGCUUGAAAGGACCCAUGGCCACACCUAUUGGAAAAGGGCAUCGUUCUUUGAACCUUACCUUAAGGAAAGAACUUAAUUUAUAUGCUAAUGUAAGGCCUUGCUACAGCCUGCCUGGUUAUAAAACUCGAUAUGACAAUGUAGACCUAAUCACUAUCCGUGAGAACACAGAGGGGGAGUACAGUGGACUUGAACAUCAAGUGGUGAGAGGUGUGGUUGAAAGCCUUAAGAUCAUUACCCGUCAAGCAAGUUUAAGAGUGGCGGAAUAUGCUUUUCACUACGCCAAGGCUCAUGGGAGGGAGAGAGUCUCUGCGAUACACAAAGCCAAUAUUAUGCAGAAAACUGAUGGUCUUUUUCUUAAGUGUUGCCGUGAAGUUGCAGAGAAGUAUCCUGAGAUAAAGUAUGAGGAAGUUGUCAUUGAUAAUUGCUGUAUGAUGCUUGUGAAGAAUCCAUCACUAUUUGAUGUGUUGGUUAUGCCAAAUCUUUAUGGUGAUAUUAUCAGUGAUCUAUGUGCUGGGCUGAUUGGAGGAUUGGGCUUAACGCCAAGCUGCAAUAUUGGUGAGGGAGGUAUUGCUCUUGCUGAGGCUGUGCAUGGUUCAGCGCCUGAUAUUGCUGGAAAGAAUUUGGCCAAUCCAACUGCAUUGCUUUUAAGUUCUGUCACGAUGCUUCGGCAUUUGAAGCUCCAUGACAAAGCUGAUCGGAUCCAAGACGCUGUCCUCAAAACCAUUGCAGAAGGGAAGUACCGAACAGCCGACCUCGGAGGCUCAUCAUCAACUUCUGAGUUCACCAAUGCAAUUUGUGACCAUCUUUGAGGAAUGUUUUUCAGGAACCUUUCUGGUUUCCUUCAUAUCUUUCCAUAGUUUCUCUGAAGAGUAAUAAGUUCAGAUCAUAUUGAUGACUCUGAGGUAGCUUAUCCCAAGGGUGCUACUACUCUAUUUAACUAUUGAUCGUUUGCUGGCCAUCCAAGGGAAAACUGAGAUGGCCCUGUUCAUCUAAUCAGCCAUACAUUGUCAGAUGAUUGAGAUCUGUUAAAAUUUAUUUCUACGAAACACGGUUUCCUUUUCCUUCCCAUUUUUGUAGUUUGUAAAAGACAAAAGAAUAAUUUUAUUGACGUUGAAGUUGUGCCACAA